AUGUCGGCAGCCAUGGGCCCUAUUAUGCAGCAACUGCAGGCUCUCCCUGCCCGCUCAAGGCAGGGUCUGAAUAACCUGCGCCAGCGUAUCUUCCAGCAGGGAGAGAGACAGCCUAAGGAAGCCAACCUCCUGCGCACUUCCCUCAAAGUUCACCGUCCCGUUUGGAUCACAGCUGCUGGCGGUCUGUACACCAGCAUGGCGGCUGUGUACCUCACAAUGCGAUAUCUGAAGCGUGUUGCUCGGUAG